AAAGUAAGAAUUCUGCUCGUAAUUCUCAAUUUUCUCCAUCAGAACUCAACUUUUAUGCAAUAAAAACAUCAUGUUCGGAAUCAGAAACUGAGUCGACUAAUGUAUCAUUCUAUCCUAUCCGACUACUUUAGUUUUUGUCGAAUUUUCAUGUUGAAAACUUAUCAAAGUUUUCACCAAAAAAUGCAAAUUAACUAAAAUUUUCGAAACGCACAUUAGUCGACUCAGUUUCUGAUUCCGAACAUGAUGUUUUUAUUGCAUAAAAGUUGAGUUCUGAUGGAGAAAAUUGAGAAUUACGAGCAGAAUUCUUACUUUUUUGCCUCAGAUUUAGAAAAAAUGAAGAAUGACACAUUGGAGGAAAAAACGCUCAACGUACUUUUGUUCUUCAUCUCAAGGCGAAUCGAAUACAAUAUAAAACAAUUUUUUGCAUCAAAAUUCCAAGAAAGAGAUAGGCUUCGAACAGUGGAUGCAAUUUACGAGCAUUCCCUAGUCUUCGAUGCCGUGUGAGCCAAGAGUGGGUUUGAAAAUUUUGACAUAUAGUGUUUUAGACUCACUUUUUGAUGAAGAAUCACAAAUAAAUAAUUUCGGAAAUAUAAAUAAGUAUUUAGUGGAAAAAUCGAACGAUUUUUAAACAAAGUACCAGUUUUCAGUAAAUCGUACCUGAAUUAGUAAUUCAAUUUUUAACCGACAAAGUUAUAUUGAAAAACUUUAAGAUAUUUUCUUAACCAGUUUGCUGAGCUCUAUCCACAGAUACCAAAAGAAAGUAAAGGAUAAAUUCUGCUGACUUUUUGUAUUUUUGCAACGUUAUAUGUUCAUAAAUACAUAUUAUUUUAUAUUCUCGAAAAAAGCGAUCUCAUCCUCAUAAAAUAUGCAAAGACAGGCGAUCACAGCUACUGAACAUGUGAAAAAAUCCCGCAUUACAUAUCUUUUGUUAGACUUUAAAAAAAAUUCCCAGUCUCUGAUGGAGCUUUUCACCUAAACCAAAAGUUUUUAAUUGCAUUUUUCAAUUAUGCUUUGUCGUUUUAGGUUCGCGGCGGUAAAGCAAGACGGAAUUUACAACUAUUGCACGAAUUAAAAUUACAUACAAAAGCAGUUCGGCACGAUGCCGGCUGGAUCCCACUGGCGGAUCCAUUCAAAGGUGAAAGUACCUAUACCACUGAAUUUUUGAAACAUAGUUGUGGUGUACGACAACCAAUUGGAUCUGAUCAAGGCGUACUACAAUCUGUGGAACCAUUCAUUAACAACAAAUCGAGAUCGAACACGUUCAAUGACCCGAUCAACGAGGUUAGCGAAGUGAUGCUCAUUUUGAUGAUUCAACAACGAAUAAAUCCGACUUUAAAAAAUGGGAUGUUCAACCAAAUCAACAAACCAGAUGAAUAUCGUGCUCAGCCGGGUGAUAUGGAUUUAAACACAAUGUAUAGUACAGAAUACACUGACAAACUUAUGCAAAAAGUCAAUGCUAUUAAACCUACUGAACGACGUAUGAUCGAUGCGAAAUUUCAAGCUGAAACAACCUAUAGAGGAGAUUAUAGAAAAUGGCCUGGUUCCAAACCACCAUCAAUGAGGGCACAAUCAGGAUAUGAACCACCAGUGCAUUUAUCGUAG